AUCGAGUUGCGCAAUAGUUGACCCAGAAAAAUGUUGCAAAUGGCGGCGUUGUGGCAACUCAGGGAAGACGUCCAUCUCCGAGGGAGGACCGCUCCUCUAUUUCUGCUAGUUACGGUUCAGAACUGACGCAGAAUUCUUCACCAUGUACCGCGGUACGCUUGUACCGAAGAAAAUGGCACCUAUCGGGACUUGACUUGUGAGAGUUUGCCAGAAAGCGAGCCGUCUUUUUUCGAGCGGCUGCGAGGAUUCGUUUACGCUGGUGACGAGCUGCCAACACCGCUUCAACCUGACCACAGCUCCACUGUUUACUUUGACGUUUCUGGCAGAUAAAGACGACAUUUAGGGACGUUCCAUCCAGGGUAAACUACAGAACUGGACACUACAGCACCAUGUCUUCAUACCGUUCAAAUUUCAGGGCUGUGGACAGCCAGAUAGCCGGGCUGUACGACCUGCAGGAAACGCUGGGCCGGGGCCACUUUGCGGUGGUGAAACUAGCUCGUCACGUCUUCACCGGCGAGAAAGUCGCUGUCAAAGUCAUCGACAAGACCAAGAUCGACGAGGUUUCCCGGGCCCACUUGUUCCAGGAGGUUCGCUGCAUGAAGCUGGUGCAGCACCCGAACGUAGUGCGGCUGUACGAAGUCAUCGACACCCAAACCAAACUGUACCUGAUCCUGGAGCUGGGUGACGGAGGCGACAUGUACGACUACAUCAUGAAACACGACAACGGACUUGACGAAGAGCAAGCCAAGCUGUACUUCUCUCAGAUUCUCAGCGCCAUCUCCUACUGCCACCGCCGCCACGUCGUCCACAGGGACCUCAAGCCCGAGAACGUCGUGUUUUUCCAGAAACAGGGCCUGGUGAAGGUGACAGACUUCGGCUUCAGCAACUGUUUCCGUCCGGGGGAGAUGUUGGAUACUUCUUGCGGGUCCCUGGCUUACUCCGCCCCCGAGAUCUUGCUUGGAGACGCCUACGACGCACCCGCUGUUGAUGUUUGGAGCCUGGGCGUGAUCCUGUACAUGCUGGUUUGCGGGGAGGCGCCGUUUAACGAAGCCAACGACAGCGAGACUCUCACCAUGAUCAUGGACUGCAAGUACACUGUGCGCGCUCAUGUCUCCGAGGAGUGCAAAAACCUGAUCGCCCGGAUGCUGAUCCGUGACCCUGCGCGGCGCGCCACGCUGGAGCAGAUCGAGAACCACCCGUGGCUGCAGAACGGAAACCUGCCCCCCUUCAUGGUCCCUCCCAUGAUCCACCGCAGGGACAUCCCCGAGGAGGACAGCAGACAGAUCAUGCAGAGUAUGGCCAGCGGCAAGAUCGCGGAACUGGACGCCAUUAAAGAGUCUGUGGAUCAUGAUAAAUACGACCACAUCACGGCCACGUACUACCUGCUGGCGGAGCGGAAGCUGCGGAGAAACCUGGUGCCAGACAACCCCCGGGUCAGCCUGGUGCGGCAGAACUCAGCCCCCAGCGACAACCCCAGAAAACCUUUCAUCGUGGCCAAAAGACCAAUGCAUGCUGAUCCCGAGGACAGUGAUCACGUGGCCAAGUCGGCCAUGGUUCCCGGGCGCCAGUCCCCGAGCCGCAGCCGGUCUCCGUCCCCCUCCAGCAGCGCCACCAGAAUAGCCAGCGAGGCCAUCAACAUCCCCAGCCGGCACAAGCCGCCGCUGCAGGGCCGGGACCACCUGACCAUCUCCCCGCGCCGGGGCCGCAGCGUGGUGCUGGAGGGGGUGGAGGUCCUGCAGGAGGAGGAGGAGGAGCACAACCUCCGCUUCUCCGACGUGAACAGCGACGACGACGAUUACGAUGAUGACGACGAAAGCAGCAAGCACAGCGGCAGUAACGAUUCCGAGGAGGACUUCCGAAGGCACCUUGAGAAGAUGUCGGGAGGUGGCACGCUGUCUACGGGCGUGAGGAUGAGAAAGGUUCCGUUGAACCGACGUAUUCAGAACAGACGCAGCACGCCCUUGACUCUGAACGAGAUACACGAGGAGGGAGAGGAGAUUGAGUCGGAUGAUGAUUCUGUUCACCGGACAUCUCCGCGGAUCCUGCGUAACCGCAUGUCCAUAGCGACGCCAGAGUCCCUGAGAAAAAAGUUCUCGUCCUUACAGCAUCGUAAGGCCCUGCGGAACAAGGCUUCGAACUGCAGCAGCACGGACACGAGCGAUGAUGACACAGACUCACGCCUAAGACGGGACAGCGGAGGCAGUCUGUCGCAACAUUGGCGGCGAAGAGACAGUGAUGAUGAUCCUCGCGGGGGAGGUGGCGGGAGUGGCGGUACCGGUCCCAGCCGGAACAACAACGGUGAGGGUUUCCAUGGCGCCAACGGCACCAGUAGUAACGGGUGGAACAACCAGAACUAUGGUUCGUCCAACGGUGGGGGUACGGACCCCAACUGUAACAGUACAGGUCUCAACAAUGCCAACAAUCUCCGUUCCAGUAACAUUAGCAUUGCCAGCAGCAAGAGCCAGCACAGAAAGAACAGUAACGAGCUACGGGACAGCCUGAAAAACAGUAACCUUAGCAUAAGUAGCCACAGUUCAUCCAAUAGUAAGUACGCCAUAGACCCGAGUAACCACACUCCCAGCGAGUCGGACACCCAGAGUGUGGACAGCCAAAAGGUGCAGUGGUCCAAGCCGGACGUUUUAGACACGCAGAACAACUUCGCCAACAUCGUGGACACGUCGGACAUGGUACUGACGGAGAACGAGAUCAAUGCGAAGAUGAACCGCAGCGUGGUCCUGACCGCCGCUCGGCCGGGCGUGUUGAACUCUGUGCGCACGACGGCCAUGAAACGAGCAAUAUCGCGGGGCAAGCUGGACCGGGCGGUGAUGGUGAGAAACGACCCCAAGGCCAGCCAUCUUCACAGCAGCUGUUGCCGUUUAGUUUGACAAUUUCGUUCGUUUAAACACAAGGAUGUGGCUAUAAACUGGUCAUAGUUCCCUACUGUUAUGAUUGUAUCAUAAAGCUUGUCGUACAUAAUUGUAGUCUGCGCCACUGAAUACUUUUUAUCCAAGUCGCGAUUGCUCAAGAUGGUAUAACUCUAUAUAACAGGAAAAUUGAAUUAACUUUGCUAUAACUUCAAAGAUUGGCAUAAAAGACUUCAUCAACAUGACACCAGUGCCAAUAAGGGUACUGUGGUGUACACCAAUACUGUAUGUAAUAAGUGUUUGUAAAUGGAUAAUGUAGCAUAACGAAGCUAAAAGACUGUAAAAAGAAAGAUAAUGAUCACAAUAGACUUUGUACAGCAAGAGCCGUAGUCCAGUCCUAUCCUAUGUGUCUAGGGAAUAAAGCAGACAGUUAAAUUUGUUUGCAUAAAAAACUGACAGUUGCAUAAAAUUCAAAUCCACUUUUCGUGUUAGGGGGAAAUAGUCUCAUUCACAAAUUUCACAUCAGAAAAGCUUUAUUCUGUCCAGUUG